AUGGACUCGGUCGCUCAUCGGCCAUGGGAGCCUGUAUCGUCGGGGCCCGCGACUCCCGCGGCCUCGGCUCAAACCCUGCCGUCUAUCUCAACCCUCACAGCCAAUAUGAACGGCGCAGGUCCGAACCCUCAGGACAAAUCACCGGGCAAUUCGUCAUUAAAUACCAUUGAGCGAGACUCGGGGAAUUGGUCUAUGCCGCAGAGUACAAGUAGGAGUUUGAGGUCCAGGGAUGUUCCAGUGACUGACUUUGGGCCAGGGUCUUCCACCUACUCGACCACAACCAAUGGGACCGGCAACAAUUAUCCUUCUCUGACCUUCCUGACCUCGACCUCUCAACCCUCACCCAACCGAGGCCACAUUGCGCCAGACCGGUCGCCAUACGGCCACGACCAAUCUACCACUCCCUCCUCCGCCGGCGCACAGCAACCCUCGCCCAAUUUCAACUCUUCGCAACACAAUUCCGCCCUGCCCUCCAUAAAUCAGAACUACGAUGCUUCCUCUCACCGUGGGAGUGUGGUCGAGAUCCCCGAGUCCAGGCGGAGCAGCGUCGACAGCCGCAUGAACCAGGGCAUCAGCUCGCUGGCCAUCAACCCGGCCUCGCCAUACCACAGCACAAAUGCCUCACAGUCCUCCAUCGUGUCCAAUCUCCAACGGGAACGGGGGAUCGCAACUGACAUGAACUCGUACCGGGGGCCCAGAUACUCUGGAGGAAGUCAACCACUGUCGCCCUUGGGACCUCGCGCGAACGACUAUCGAGGAUUCGCAGCUGGCCGAACUGCUCCAGCCAUCUCGUCCAACCCGCGAUCUGACAUUUAUAACGCCGAGGCGCCCACGGCCGGUAUGGCUUACGCUUUUCCUGACCCGGAUGUGGCACGAUCAAGUUCCAUUUCGUCUACUGAGAAGUCCAACCCACCUUUCUCACGAAAAGGCAGCACUGCAGAGUCUCUGAACAGCAUGUACUCGGAAUCGCACAUCUCCAGAGGACAGCAUGAACUCCCCCAGAAUGUACACCACCAUUCGUUGCAACACAAGCAAGUGCGAGAUCUAAUCGGGGAAGCGGAGGGCUCGGCAGCGAACACACCAUAUAGCCGGACUCCCGAAUUGCGUGUCACGCAUAAGCUGGCGGAGCGCAAGCGACGAAGCGAGAUGAAGGAUUGUUUCGAAAUGCUACGCAUGCGUCUCCCACAGCCCCAAAAUAACAAGUCCAGCAAAUGGGAGACCCUUUCCCGGGCGAUUGAUUAUAUCGCUGGUCUUGAGAAGAACAUCUCCGUGCUGCGGACGGAGAAUAAAGAGCUCCGCGCCCAAUUGCAGCAACAAGCCAAUGGGCAAUCUCGACCACCCUCAAUCUUCGAGCAUCAUCCCAUGUCUGCGACACCGACUAAUGGGCAGGCCCAGCCGGUGUUCUCGGGCUUUGGAAAUGGCUCCGUGGUUAACCAGGACCAACCUCGUACUCUCCCACCUCUGAUGAAUGGGUCGGUUGCUCCGAUGCAGGGCAUCCAGUAUACCGAUGAGCGACGGUAG